CACGCCACCUGCGACGGGUCAGGCGGCGCCCCCCGCUCAGCGCCUGCGCGGACUGCGGGCGUCCGUCACCAUGACAGCGACCGCGGGCGGCCCGGGAUCUUGGAGUGAAAAUAUACUGGAAUAUUUUCUGAGAAAUAACCAGAUCACAACAGAAGAUGGCGCCCAGAUCACCUGGUACCAUGCAGCUAACCACAAGGCACAAGUGAAGGCAGCACUGAAAAGUACUGCGCACAUGAUAGAGGCUGAUGUCCUUCUUCCAGGUGAUGGAUCAGAACCUGGCCAACCAAUCAUGGCCCAUCCUCCUGAAACUCACAGUGAUAACACUCUACAGGAAUGGCUGGCUGAAGUGACGAAGAGCAAUAAAGGCAUCAAGCUGGAUUUCAAGAGUCUGGCAGCUGUAGAACCAUCCAUGAUGCUCUUGGAAAAUGUGAAGAGGCAUCUGAAGCGUCCUGUGUGGAUUAAUGCUGAUAUUCUUCCUGGUCCAAAUGCAAAUAGCAGAGUAGUGGAUGCAAAACCUUUUAUAGAAACUGUGACAUCCUUCUUUCCAGAUGUGACACUUUCCCUGGGUUGGACAACAGGAUGGCAUCCUGAGAAAGUCAAUGAAGGUUACAGUUGGACAAUGGUGAAAGAGAUGGAAUAUAUAUGUAAUGAGCUAAAUCAGCCUGUAACAUUUCCUGUCAGAGCAGCAUUGGUCAGGCAGUCUUGUUCUCAGUUACACUGGCUGUUAAAGAAGUCAAAUAGGUACAGCCUGACUAUUUGGACUGGAAAAAAUGAUAACUAUUCCCUUGAAGAUUUACUUUGUAUUAGAGACCAUUUUGACAAAAAACAAGUUUUCUAUGACAUCUUGGAACCACAAAACCAGGAGUUUAAACGAGCCGUUGGAAUCGAAGUUAAUCUCUAAGAAGAUUCUUCUAAAUUAUUUCAUGUUUUGGUUUCAUAACCCUUCUCUGCUUUGGUCUGAAUUAAUUACCAUAUAAGUUAUGAUGAUUGAUUUAGGCUCCAGUUCAUCCAAUCAAAAAACGCUUAUUGAGUGCUUACUUGAUUAGGCAUAUGUCCUUAUAAUCCUGUACUUAGCUAAAAGAUUUGGAAAGAAGAGAUUUCAGUGGGCCUCGUCUAAUAAUAAUUUAGGGAAAUGAUGCUUUAAAACCCUUUAUAAGAAAUAAUUUUGAUAUACUGAAGAUAAUUGAAAGAAUCCAUGUGUCAUACAUAAUACAGGUAUAAAUCAUAUUUUGUUGGCAUUUGCUUCAGAGAUUCCACA